AUGCUCAAUACUUCCUUUAGCGUGUUCCUUAAAGAUGUGGCCGUACUCCUUUCGGUGUCUUUCCACAAUCGUGCCUCAGCGCGCGCUGCUCGUCGCCCGGGCUCCUCCGCUGCUCGUCGCCCGGGCUCCUCUGCUGCUCCUCGCCUUGGCUCCUCCGCUGCUCGUUGCCCGGGCUCCUACGCUGCUCGUCGCGCGGGCUCCUUUGCUGCUAGGCACGCAAGCUCCUACGCUGCUCAUCGCGCGGGCUCCUUUGCUGCUACGCACGCAAGCUCCUACGCUGCUCGUCGCGUGGGCUCCUCCGUGGCUCGUCACGUGGGCUCCUCAGUUGCUACGCGCGCGGGCUCUUCCGUUGCUCGUCGUGCAGUCACGCGGGCUGCUCAUCUCCCAGUGCACGCGCUGCGCGUCCCCCGGUGCGGGCGCUGCGCAUCGCCAGGAACGCGAGCUGCGUUGUCUGGAGCGUCCACCCUCAGCGCCCGGGGCGUGCGCUUGGGGCUGGCGUCGCGCGCGGCACUGUAUGUGCGACCCACGCGCGGUCUGCACCUUCGCCCGUUGAGCGCUAUGCUCCACCCACUGAGGGCGCUGUCAGGGGUCCGAAUCCCUCCCUCGUUCUUCUAA